AUGUUCCCUUUGCCAGUAUUCAAGAGACCAUAUAAGCUAUUUUCCAGAAGCAGUGCAAGUAAUUCCCAAAAUGCCAUGGGCGAGGUUAACGAUACACCGCACAAGACCUCUCAACUACACACCAGCACUGGGUAUGCUGUUGGAGACGAUCAAGAGUCGUACGAACUCCGAAAAUUUAACGAGACUCACCCUCAGAGAAACAAGGAGGGUGGGGGUGCCAAAGAAGAAGAGGUCGAUGACGUGCGUCUGAUCGAUAAAGAUAUUGACUUGCCCGAUGGGGGGCUACAGGCAUGGCUGGUUGUAUUUGGAUCUUUCAUGGGGCUCGUGCCGGUUUUUGGAAUGAUCAACUCGCUGGGUGCCAUUGAGUCGUACAUCUCCAAGCACCAGUUGGCCAGCGACUCGUCCUCAGUCGUGUCGUGGAUUUUCUCCAUCUACUUAUCCAUAAGCUUCCUGAGCUGUAUCUACGCUGGCGGGUAUUUUGACCGUAAUGGAGGUGCGACCCCAAUGUACGUUGGAACCCUCUUCUACGUCGGUGGCCUGAUGGCAACAGCGAACUGCACAUCUGUUUGGCAAUUUAUUCUGGCAUUUUCUGUCCUAUGUGGCACGGGCACAGGAGUCCUCACCACCCCGCUUGUGAGCUGUGUCGCCACAUGGUUUUUGAGGAAACGUGCCAUGGCCACGAGUGUAGCGACAAUUGGAGGUUCGAUCGGAGGUAUCGUGUUCCCCGUGUUACUAAGAAAGCUAUACGCAGAAGUGGGGUUUCAAUGGGCGCUUCGAAUUGUUGGUUUCAUCUGCCUAUGUUGCCUCGUGUGCGCGACAGUGUUCGCUAAGGAAAGACAGAAACCGGUCGCUGAACCUUUUAAAUCGAAACCGGAAGCUAUGAAGUGGUACCUCACCUCCUCUUUCAAUUGGCGAUACUUCUUAGACUGGAAGUUCUUCUUCGCAGCGCUUGGUGUGGCUUUCGCAGAAAACUCUCUGACUGCGUCUGCCACAUUCAUAUCCUCCUACUCCAUGGCACGCGGCAACAGCGAGACUUCAUCGUACGCCCUUAUCACAACGACCAAUGCAGUGGGCAUUUUAGGCCGGUACAUUCCAGGUUACCUGGCGGACAGAUACAUCGGCCGCUUUAAUACUGUAAUCAUUACCAUUUCGCUAGCCGCUUUUUUCAACCUGGUUAUGUGGCUGCCAUUCGGUGGAAACAUCAAAGUUCUGUGGGCUUAUGCUUCAUUGUACGGAUUUUCUACGGGAUCUAUCUUAUCUCUGACACCAGUGUGUAUCGGCCAAAUUUCCAGCACCCACGACUUUGGCAAACGCUAUUCGACAGCUUACUUAUUGCAGGCAAUCAUGACCGUCCCUGUGAUCCCAGUUGGUGGUGCGAUCAUUGGCGAAGGAAAGGUUAGCGACUAUAACAACUUUAUCAUAUAUACAUCUAUGAUGAUGAUUGCAGGUUCAAUUUGCUACAUUAUUUCCAGAUUUCUAUGUGUUGGAUUCAAGUUAUGCAAGUUUUGA